GGCGAUGAGUCCUUAAUGCCAGCGAUGCCUACCCUUAACGUUAGCCUGGAAUAUCACUAUAACCCAGGGGCAUAAUUACGGGUGGAUAUGUGGUAGAUUCCCCCCAUAAGCUUGUAUAAGUAUUGACUUUAACAACAAAUAUUUUAAAUAAAUAAAAAUGGAUUUCCUGACUGACGCCGCCUAUUCACGCGUGGACGGGGCGCUCUUAGCACGAAAGAAACAGAUGGACCUGUUUCACUUUCACCUCAACAUGGAAUAAAAUAUCAGUUGCUAUAUAUUUUGGAGAGAUACCGCCCCCUCCAACAGGCGCUGCUGUCGGGUCGUUGCAUGCUCGCAGCCCCAACACUUGUUGUGGAGUAGUGACAGUCUGCGUUCUUGCCGGUCCGGUCUGUAGCCAUCUACCUGAUAUAUGGUCUAGAACGUGUUGUUGUUUAUGUUUACGGUCCUUGGUACAACGCUAUUGCCUUGACAUUUUUCAUUUGAAAUUUAAUGUUCGAACUGGCUGCUUGUGCGUACUACUGAUCAGUAUAACUAGUGACUUUUAUUGUGCAUUUGUGUGAACGAAGGAAUUAGUAGUUACUUAACGAUUACUAUUUCACCAUCAAUAGUUUUUAUUCCGUUUGGUCGGUCGUUUUGUUCGUUCAAACACACGGUGUUAUUGUCUUGUCGCGUACCGCUGUUCUCGUAUCAUCAACAAACCGUAAAUCGAUUUUUAAUGAUGAACAACCAAAGAGCAACGUCGAGCUCGGCAUCUCAACCGGCAAUCGAAACACUUCUAUUCAAUGAUAUUAUUGAAGAGAAGAGUCUAAUCUUACGCGAUUUGAUGGAUCAAUUUUUGCAAGUUCAUUCUUUCAGUAGAUUUGAAUCCGAAUUCAAUCUAUUUACGAGGCGCAUUAAACACAUUGCGAGGGAUGGACAGCGCAAUGGCGCAAACUUCACACGUCACACAAUGCAGAUGCCUUCAGAAAAUGGCGCUCCAACAGAAAAUGGCUGGUCACGAAAAAAUAAUCGGCAACCAUUUAAACUGUCUAAUGCAUUUAAACGACCAGUGGCUGCCGAACAUAAACCCAAAACAACAUUGACUCUAAACGACCAAUUGAAAAAUAUUCCUAGUACAACAAAUAACUCAUGUGAUACAAUUAUGGAAGAAAGCAUGAUUAAUAAUUGUUGUACUCAAAAAAGUACUACACAAUCGGAAGAAUUCCUGCCACCGACAGCGCCAAUACCAUACUCUGAGUCAUUACAAAAUGAUAAUGCAUCACCUACCUCGUUGAAUAAUGCUAAUGCUGACAAUGCAAUGGAAUGUGAUUCUGAAUUAGUUGAAUCUGUUAAGAUACCAAGUAACAGUGCCAACACCAGCACAUCUCAACUUAAUCAAAGUCGGCUUAAUUGUUCUGAAAAAAAUAAAGCUAAGUACUUAUCCAAGUGGUCGGUGAAUGUAAAGAAAAUUAAAUCAAAUAAAGGCAAUUCAAAAUCAGUCAUCUCAUUAUCAGGUACUUUAUUUGCAGCAGAUCAAAUCACAGUAUUGAAGAAAGUUCAUAACGCUGGUAUUUUGGUAGUUCGAAAAACCAAAAAUAUUGUCAAAACAGAAAAAGGAUUUUACCAUCUAAUUGGUCCAAUCAUUGGAGGAUCUCCACCUGAUUUGGUCCGUGCAUGUGUAGAAAUAAAUGGUAUUCCGAAAGCUUGGAUGAAUAUUUUAACAAAAUUGUCAGAAGAAGUUGAAGUAAAUCUCAAUGAGAGUAUGACUAGAAAAGGCACAAUCUAUUACAAGGGAAAAAAAGCUAGUCUUAAGUCUUCCAGAACAAAAGAACUUCUUGAAAAUGAUUUCUAUGGUCUCAGCGAUAGUAAUUUGUGUCAACAAUUGUCACAACUAUCGGCAUCCAAAAAAAUGAAAUCAUUUGAUUGUGAUACUCCAAGUCAACUUUUGAUGUACAGAUUUCAUCAAAAGAUUGUUAAAGCUUGCUUAAUCGUUGGCAGUCAAGAAAAUACAGAUGAUCAAUGAAUAGUUUCAACAAAAAUUGAAACAACAUUUUAAACGGUGCCUAUAUUUUAAAAAAAAAUUGGACAAUUUUAAAGAUUUAUAUUAAAUUAAUUGAACAUUUAUAUUGACACCAAAAGUGUUGUGUCCAUAUAUUAUAUUUUUGUUAACUUUUUUUGUUUUCGUUUUUAUUUAAAACUAAAACUUGUUAUAAUUUUUGUAUUCCUAUUAGUUUCAUAUUUGAUAAU